AUGGAUUACCAGAACCGCGCAGGCUCCAAAUUCGGCGGCGGCGGCGUCGCCUCCAAAUCCGCCACGAACGCCGACAGACGCGAGCGUCUACGCCAACUCGCGCUGGAAACAAUCGACAUCGAAAAAGACCCCUACAUAUUCAAAAACCACCUCGGCAGCUUCGAAUGCCGCCUCUGCCUAACAGUGCACCAAAACGACGGCUCCUACCUCGCCCACACCCAAGGCCGCAAGCACCAAACCAACCUCGCGCGACGCGCCGCGCGCGACGCCCGCGAAGGCAAAAAUCAAGACCAGGCCUCCGCAGCCGUCGCGGGCGUGCAGGUCAAAAAGCAGCUGAUUAAGAUCGGACGACCGGGUUACAAGAUUACCAAGAUUCGGGAUCCGUUGACGCGGCAGCAUGGUUUGCUGUUUCAGUUGCAGUUUCAGGAGAUUACGCCCGGCGUGGUGCCGAGAGUGAGGUUUAUGUCGGCUUUUGAGCAGAAGGUGGAGAAUCCCGAUAAUAGGUUCCAGUAUUUGGUUGUUGCCGCGGAGCCGUAUCAGACUUGUGGGUUUAAGUUGCAGGCUAAAGAGAUUGAUCGACGGGAUGAGAGGUAUUGGACUUGGUUUGAUGAGGAUAGUAAGGAGUUUUGGAUUCAGAUUUUGUUCAAGACGGAGAGGGAGGAGAGGUUUAGUGGUGUGCCCGGUUUGGCGCCCAUGAAGAGCUGA